GUCCAUACCCCUUAGAACACACAGAGGUUGUGUACGUGUUUGAGGUCCGGGUUCUCCCUGUACUGAGAGUGGCGAUGUAGUAAACGUGGCAGCAGCUGACGUCAUCACAGUGAGACGUAGCUUCAUGCAUGGGAGAAGUAAAAGCAGUUUGCAGGAAUUGAAGUGUAAUCUUUAAGCUGUAAAGAUGAUGGAAGAAAGUGGGAUUGAGACGACUCCCCCUGCCAGUCCUCAAACUGUUGCUGCAUCAGUCAGUGCCUCAUCCAUGAUCACAGGCCUGUCCAGUCCGCUGACUCUCCCAAGAACUGUCCCUCUUUCUGAAUCCACUGCAAUCCCUUAUAUUCCCUCUCCUGCUGUCUAUAGCAGCCCUUUGCCUGCACCAGCACCACUGUCCUCUCAAUGUCCCUCAACCUUCACCUCCACCUUCCCCCCCUCCAUUCCUCCAGCUUUGCCCUCCCAAGCCACAGCCAUUCAAUCAUCUCCGCCAUUUGCUCCUAGCAGUAUGGCUCCUCCCAUUGGCCCACCCAAGUCCCGCUUCUCUAUGAGUGCAGGUUAUGACAUCACAAGGGGUCAUGCUGGACGAACACCACAGACACCUCUGAUUCCAACAUUCUCUACACCAUCUCCUGUACCAGGUAUGAUGUCCCAAACUGUUGUUCAGCAACAAGUCAUGACUGGAGGGAUCACUGCUGAAUCCCCUAUAACCUUCCCAGAGGAACAAGAGGAUCCUAGAACGACUGUACAAAUGGACACUGGAGGAGGAAUCUGGGGCUUUUUCAAGGGAGUAGCAGGAAAUGCUGUGGUAAAAACUGUCCUGGACAAAACCAAGUACUCUGUAGAGUCUAUGAUCACCACUCUGGAUCCUGGCAUGGCUCCAUACAUCAAAUCUGGCGGUGACAUUGACAUAGUGGUAACUUCAGACAGGGAGAGUAUUGUGGACGCAGUCAGAGAUGCUUUUCAGGAGGUUUUUGGCAUGGCCAUGAUCACUGGAGAGCCUGGACAGUCCAACAUUGCUCCACAGCCUGUAGGCUACGCUGCUGGUGUCAAGGGGGCUCAGGAGCGUAUUGAUGGUCUGCGUCGCUCAGGGGUGAUCCACGAGAAGCAGCCUGUUGUUUCAAUGGAAAGCUUCAUCGCUGAACUGUUUCCUGAAAAGUGGUUCGACCUCAGCUGUCUGAUAUUGGAGGAUCCUGGUCAAAACAUCCGCAUUGAGGUCUUCACUCAGGCAACUCCUGUGGAUCUAGACUAUAUCCAACAGGCCCAAUCCUUAACUCCACCGGACUAUAGCCUGCGAUGGUCAGGCUUGAUUGUUCCAGUGGGUGAAGUCCUGGAGCGCAGUCUGCCCAACAUCAACAAAACAGACUGGCAACUAGCCAUGACAGGAAUGAGUCAGCGACAGAUGAUCCAAAACGCUGCCAAAGCCCUGGCUGGAAUUUACAAACAGCGGCUGCCACGCAGGACUGUGUGAGGCUGUAGAGUUCUUCACACACUGACCUACUGGUGGACACAUGGGGGACUACAGGUUGACACACAGGCAGAGUCUAACACAGAGGCUCCUCUUUGCUACUCUGACUGAUAGUCAGUGAGUUCCUGCCAUAUGUACAUUAUUUUUACCAUGUUUAGUGAGGCUACUUACCUACCUAACUCUGUGUGACUGGGAUCUAUGUAAAAAAAAAUGGUAAAAAAGGUUAUGUUUGUCCUGUAAAUUGCUUCAGUGGUGUGUUUAUGGACACUGCCUUACACCUGGUGUUUAAUAAUGUGCAACAUUAUUUGGGUCAACAUUUCGUUAUAUUUUCUGUUUUACUCUGAAAAGGAUUUUAUGUUUACCUAAUUGUAUUAUUUGAAAAAAUAGUAGCAAAAACCAGAGUAUUCCAGCUGCCGAGCUGUGGGCCAUUUGGUUCUGUGCUGCAGAGAAGAAAAAAAAAAAAAUCCUAUUUGCAUCUUAGUGAUUUUGUAAGAGAAUCUGAAAAGUUAAACAUCUUUUGCACUCAUAAUAUAGGCUAUUAUGAGUGCAAUAUAUUAUUACAAUUUAUUAUUAUAUGUAAUAAUACAAUGUAAAAUAAUAUGUUUUCUAUUUUUUCUCUAUGUCCCAGAAUGAUCCAAAGCCUUGUGGUUGGUUACCUCUGGUUUAAUACUUAAAUAUCUAUUUGUAACCACAUAGUACAAGAAUGGUAAAUCAUGCUGGGUGGCAGCUUUGCUAGAAAUUCCUGAAAGUGCCUGGACUUUCUUGUUGGACAUCUUUCUGAUAUAGAAUAUUGUACAGUAUAUUGCUCAUAUGCAAAUGUGGUUCUAGAAUAUCCUGGUUUUCUCCAUUGGGUUAUUCAAAAUGGCAAGUAAUAUUUUGAAAUUAACAGGUUGAGAUUGUAUUACUAUCACAACCGUCCGUGAUAGUCCCUUCUACAGAGUUAGAACUCCAAGAUUUCUUCUAUGUACUUAAAUAUUGCCGUUAACAAUAAUAGUAAAUUAUAGUAAAGUGUAGUAAAGUGUUUCAGCUUGCUGGGUAACCUUGGUUUUUUCGCUUAAACAGCGCCAUAGUUGUGACAGGAUCACAUUUUUAAAAAAAUUAUGGAGAGUCAUUUUGUCAUAAAUGUCAUGUUUAUAUAAUGGGCACACCUAACGUCCAUGUUAUUCCUGUGCCAAAACAGUACUGACUUCAACAGAUGUGAGUUCACACUUGGUGAAGAUUCCAAAUGUACCUUCAGAUAUUGAAUUUAACAGUAGCUUCUGUCAUUUUUAUUCAUGUUCUUUUUCGUGUUACUGUAGUAAAACAUUUUUAAAAACUAAAAACUUUAAAAUCCUUCAAAUGAGAAUCCCCAUUACAGUAGUAGAAGGUCACAUUGCUACUAGCAUGAAGGUCUGGGUUGACAAGGUUGAAGGCUGUUGUCCCAGUUUUAGCUUUAACUGAAUUUUGAAUUCCAUUCCAAUGGUUUUGAACAUGUAAGUGGUACAAACACUACUCCCAUAAAAGGACAAAGAUUUUGUUUUCAUUGACAAAGUUAUUGAAUGAAAAUAAAAACAACUAGGGAAUCAAUGACUGUAAACCUAAUCCUAACAUUAGCAGGAGUCCCUUAAUAUACAAGUUUUGCUAACAGUGCUAACUAGAGCUGUUCAUUAAAAAAGCAUGGCCCAGAAUUGAGAGGAGUUUAAAAUUUUGUCUCAUCUCAAAUCCAACAUUAAAUUGAAAAAAGUGAACGUGAUUCAUUUGUUCAUAUGUCCUCUGGUCCAAUGUAUCUGUAGUAUAUUUGCAAAUAUUUGUAUUUCUGAAUUACUCAUUGCCUCACAAACAUAAUUGUAUUUGCUUACUUGGUGUCUCUUUAUUCAGGUGUAUUACAGAAAAAUGGAUGUUAGUCUUUUGUCAUUUUCAAGUGUUAUGGAAUUGGGGUUUGUUGAUUGAAACCAACUGUACAUCCAGCUAAUGCAAAAAAGGUGGUGAUAACACCAUACAUACGGUCAAUAAAGUACAAUGUUUAAAAAAA